AUGGGUCUCGACGUGCUGCCGAGGUGGCGGUACCAGAGGCUGCGCGCCGAGCAAGGCGACGGGGACGGCGACGAGAGGCUGGCGGCGGCUUCGGCUACCAGGUGGACCAGGGCGAGGCGGCCGCUGCGGCUGCGGAGGAGGGCGGGGAAGAAGGUGGCGCCGCGUCCGGGCGGCGGCAGGAGGGUGAGGCUGAUGCGGCUGGUGCUCGCCCUGCUGCCGGCUCGGUGGGCGGUGGCCCUGCUGGCGGAGCUGGUGCGGCGGAUCGCGUGCGCGGCGGAGUGCUCUGCCGUCGUGUUCUCCUCGCAGUGGGGGCUCCCCGCGCUGUCCCACUCCGCCAGCGGCGGGGCCAGUCGGACAGCCAGGCUGCGGGCGUUCUACCUCGAGAGGAGCCUCUCCGCCGGCACCGGCUCCCUUCCUGGUCAUCAGCAACAUUAA